AUGAGCGAUUUUUUGAUUUCGGUUGCCGAGAUGUUUGUUCAUCGUUGUUGUGGUAUGCAUGUUACCCCAGCUAUAUAUGUUAAGCUUAAUUAUUUUGAUGGUAUGGUAUGGUAUGGUAUGGAUGUUAUGUAUGUAAGGUUACAGGCGGGGUUGGUAGAAGGUUAUUGUGAUGGAUCAAUAGCUCAAUAG